AUGACAACAGACUUCAUCUUUAACUUCUGCUUCAUGACAACAGACUUCAUCUUUAACUUCUGCUUCAUGACGACAGACUUCAUCUUUAACUUCUGCUUCAUGACGAAAGACUUCAUCUUUAACUUCUGCUUCAUGACGACAGACUUCAUCUUUAACUUCUGCUUCAUGACGACAGACUUCAUCUUUAACUUCUGCUUCAUGACGACAGACUUCAUCUUUAACUUCUGCUUCAUGACGACAGACUUCAUCUUUAACUUCUGCUUCAUGACAACAGACUUCAUCUUUAACUUCUGCUUCAUGACGACAGACUUCAUCUUUAACUUCUGCUUCAUGACGACAGACUUCAUCUUUAACUUCUGCUUCAUGACGACAGACUUCAUCUUUAACUUCUGCUUCUGA